AUGUGGGAGGAGGAUAGAAGCAUGUGGGAGGAGGAUAGAAGCAUGUGGGAGGAGGAUAGAAGCAUGUGGGAGGAGGAUAGAAGCAUGUGGGAGGAGGAUAGAAGCAUGUGGGAGGAGGAUAGAAGCAUGUGGGAGGAGGAUAGAAGCAUGUGGGAGGAGGAUAGAAGCAUGUGGGAGGAGGAUAGAAGCAUGUGGGAGGAGGAUAGAAGCAUGUGGGAGGAGGAUAGAAGCAUGUGGGAGGAGGAUAGAAGCAUGUGGGAGGAGGAUAGAAGCAUGUGGGAGGAGGAUAGAAGCAUGUGGGAGGAGGAUAGAAGCAUGUGGGAGGAGGAUAGAAGCAUGUGGGAGGAGGAUAGAAGCAUGUGGGAGGAGGAUAGAGGCAUGUGGGAGGAGGAUAGAAGCAUGUGGGAGGAGGAUAGAAGCAUGUGGGAGGAGGAUAGAAGCAUGUGGGAGGAGGAUAGAAGCAUGUGGGAGGAGGAUAGAAGCAUGUGGGAGGAGGAUAGAAGCAUGUGGGAGGAGGAUAGAAACAUAAGCAUGUGGGAGGAGGAUAGAAGCAUGUGGGAGGAGGAUAGAAGCAUGUGGGAGGAGGAUAGAAGCAUGUGGGAGGAGGAUAGAAGCAUGUGGGAGGAGGAUAGAAGCAUGUGGGAGGAGGAUAGAGGCAUGUGGGAGGAGGAUAGAAGCAUGUGGGAGGAGGAUAGAAGCAUGUGGGAGGAGGAUAGAAGCAUGUGGGAGGAGGAUAGAAGCAUGUGGGAGGAGGAUAGAAGCAUGUGGGAGGAGGAUAGAAGCAUGUGGGAGGAGGAUAGAAGCAUGUGGGAGGAGGAUAGAAGCAUGUGGGAGGAGGAUAGAAGCAUGUGGGAGGAGGAUAGAAGCAUGUGGGAGGAGGAUAGAAGCAUGUGGGAAGAGGAUAGAAGCAUGUGGGAGGAGGAUAGAAGCAUGUGGGAGGAGGAUAGAAGCAUGUGGGAGGAGGAUAGAAGCAUGUGGGAGGAGGAUAGAAGCAUGUGGGAGGAGGAUAGAAGCAUGUGGGAGGAGGAUAGAAGCAUGUGGGAGGAGGAUAGAAGCAUGUGGGAGGAGGAUAGAAGCAUGUGGGAGGAGGAUAGAAGCAUGUGGGAGGAGGAUAGAAGCAUGUGGGAGGAGGAUAGAAGCAUGUGGGAGGAGGAUAGAAGCAUGUGGGAGGAGGAUAGAAGCAUAAGCAUGUGGGAGGAGGAUAGAAGCAUGUGGGAGGAGGAUAGAAGCAUGUGGGAGGAGGAUAGAAGCAUGUGGGAGGAGGAUAGAAGCAUGUGGGAGGAGGAUAGAAGCAUGUGGGAGGAGGAUAGAAGCAUGUGGGAGGAGGAUAGAAGCAUGUGGGAGGAGGAUAGAAGCAUGUGGGAGGAGGAUAGAAGCAUGUGGGAGGAGGAUAGAAGCAUGUGGGAGGAGGAUAGAAGCAUGUGGGAGGAGGAUAGAAGCAUGUGGGAGGAGGAUAGAAGCAUGUGGGAGGAGGAUAGAACCAUGUGGGAGGAGGAUAGAAGCAUGUGGGAGGAGGAUAGAAGCAUGUGGGAGGAGGAUAGAAGCAUGUGGGAGGAGGAUAGAAGCAUGUGGGAGGAGGAUAGAAGCAUGUGGGAGGAGGAUAGAAGCAUGUAG